AAUUUGGUGAAUAUGAUUUCUGAUUUAGGGUUUCUCUGCAUGCCCCUAGAAUCAGCAGUCUAAGCAAUUACCAUGGUGUCUCCGAAGCAGCUCGAUUUCUCUUCUGGUGGUGGUGGUGACUCCGACGACACCCUCUCCCGUCGAAAAUCUCCACGGAAUCCUCCCCAAAGCGGAUUAGUUGAUUACAGAGCUAAGACAGGAUUCCAAAGCAAAAUUGAUUGGGAUGCGUUUUAUCGUUUCCUCGGAGUUUCAAUCGCUGCGAAAUUUCCAAGGAGCAGGGCUAGUGAUUCUGAAGCCUUUGGGUUCUCCUCGAUGAUUUGGGGACAAGAUGACGGUGAAUUUGGUAAUGAUGAUGGUAUGGAUAAGGAGCACGAGACACCAGUUAAUGGGGCAGCGGAAAACGGGACUGCUCAGAACGAGAGUGGGGAGGAGAUCAGAGCGAGAGCGAGAGGAGAUGUUGAAGAGCACGAGGAUGCGGUGGCUAAUACUGAACCCUUAAAUGAGAAUGGGGCAGCGAAAACAACAGACAACAGGAUUAAUGAGAAUGGGGCAGCGAAAACAACAGACAACGGGACUACUGCCGGAAAGGAGAGUCAUGACGAUGAUGAUGAAUUACUCGCUGUGAGGGAUGCAUUUGAGGCUGUAAUGUUGCAAGGUUUAAGUGAUUAUCAAAAGAAGUUGCAGCUUGAGAAGCUCAUGAACCUUGGAACUGGAAAAAGAAGAGAGUUGAGCGAUGAAUGGAAAGCGUUAUGUGUUGAGGAACGGAAAUUGAAUAUCAAGAAGCUUAGAUUUUCUGCCAAGCUUGCAGAGGCUGCAAAUGAUAGUUAGAUGAACCAAUAAGCCGUUAUUGCAUUUGGUGUUGUUUAGGUUCUUAGUAGUCGUAAGUUUUCGAAUGUUGAGUGUAAUUAUCUUUGGAUGUUGCUUUGUUCGUUUGGUGCUCUACUUGGGAAAGUGUUUGUAAGAUAUUUUAGUUCUUCCUGAAGUAUCCAGAGGAGCCAUGUCCGUUGUUGGAUAUAUAAUAAAUUUCAUAACUUUCU